UCGUAGCAUCACAACAAACUACGCGAGGCCCCCUGCUCGUGUUUUGGCUUAUCCGGUGCGCCCUAUGCAAGCAGGUCACAACUGUUGCUGCUGCCAUCCCAAAGAGAGCGAGGGCGUAGCCGCAGCUACAUUAAGUGCACAGUUCUUGUUGAUGAAGAACUUAAAGUUAUCGUCCGGUAAGUGUUGUUUCUUGUAAGUGCACUUGCAUACUUAACAAGGAUAAGUAACAAACGGUAAAAACCAGCUCCCACAAGUAACAAACGCCACAGAACGAUCAUCACAAGAACAUGUUCGUCCGAGGUUUAGACGUGUCGCCGCCGCAGCGGGCCCUGAACGGGGGUCGGGAGACCAUGACAAACCUCCGGGCGCUGAACGUUCCCUCGCUGUUCACGGGGAAAACUGGGUGUAGUAUUCCCAGUCUGCAACAUUUUCUCCGGGACGACGAGCGGCUUGGUAUAGAUUCAGUCAUAUAGAGAAGAUCAAGAUUUAGCCACAUACAACGUAGAAACAUUUUCAUCUAUGCUUGGCUUCUCUUUUCACAAUAAGAAUAAACGUUGAAACUUUUUUACCACCUGCACUUCGUUUAUCCAAGCUGGACCGCCACUGAGCAACAUGCAUCCACAACUACAGAUCCGAAGGAAACCCGCACCAGUUUUUUGUCACGGGACCGCAAGGUCGCGAAAAACGUGGUGUUUGGCACGAUGGCGCGGCCCUGUUCGCUGCCGACCUUGAAACCGAUGGUCUUGGACGAACUGCAACAAGAUUACACGUCGUCCGCCUCCCCGAAAAAGACGCGGCCACGAGCCGCCGGGGGCAGCCCGCCCAGGGUAAGCGUGUAGUAGGUCGUGUGUGUGUGUUUUGCUGGCGACCUAGACCACCUUUUCUUCGGUUUAUUACAACAACAUCAAGAGUUAUCGAGGAUCAUGGCCAUUGGAUGUAUCUAUGCAUUGUAAGUACUACGUGGCGACUCCGACUGCGAUCGCGAUUAUGCAAUUCUGAACCAAGUCCUUCUCUAUUUCUUGAAAUGACCUCACUACAUCGCAGGGUUUCGUCCGCCAAUGGGUGAACGUGCGACAGCAGCUGCGUCAGUUGAACGGCGAGGUCGCGGUGCCCACGAGCCAGGAGCGCUUCCCCUGCGUUUCCCACACCCCGGGCCCAGGGACCUACGAUCUCGUGGCGGAGGCCGCACCCGUGUUGACAAUCGGGGGCAGCAGUGGUGCGUCGUCCUCGUCUACCGGUUCGAAUCACCAAGGACAAUUAUAUCAAGGUGCUGGGGCGAGCUCCAUUGGCGGCGGAGCAGGUUCAAGUACUAUCGGCGGCUCGUCGUCAUCGGGCUCAGGUUCAUCAUCUUCUUCAUCGUCAAAAAGCAAAGCGCUUCCGUCGUACACGCCAGAAGACCCCCUGGCGCACAAGUUCGCGGAAACGAAGAAGAAAUUGUUGCACGGCCGCGACAAGACCGAAUUCCAGUGCUUCGGCAGCUUCGCGGACCGGGGGCUGAGCGCCAGCCCCUUGAAGCAGCACGAGAAGAAGCAGAAGCCGCGGAGAAGCAAAAGCAAGAACACAACAUCUUCCAAUUACGUCCCCGUCACCGGGGCCGCAGGAGGCGGCACAAACACAAACAGCAACAAUAGUUUCAUGCCUUCCUACUACACCAUGACGCAAAUGGGCAACGGCGGCGGCCAGAACAGCUCGUCGCAGCUAUCGCCGUCUCUCAACAACUUCGGCGCGCCGUCACCGGGACCAGCUGCAUCCGCUGCGCUCCAGAACAACGGUCCGGCAUACUCGUCACCGCCGCAUGCUGGGGGAGGGAAAAAUGGAGGCUCAUCUCUGGGUAAAAACCAUCCGCCCAAGCAAGUAGCCGGCGUGCCCGCAUCCCUCAUGCCGGCGCCGGCGUUCCAGAUCCACGGCAAGCCGAGCCCUCACCGAGGAAAUCUGGACCGCAGCAAGAUGGGGCUGAUGCAGCCCGAUUUUUGCUUCGACGACCACGACGGCAACCCCACAGGAAACAACAACUACAGCACGCCUUUUGUCUUCGCCGCGGAGGGCAGCAAGGCUGGGAUUCAGCAGCCGGAGCAGCAGCCAGUGGGGCGGCGAAUCUCGGAGGACACCAAAAAUCGGUUUGAAAUUUCCAUGAACAAGUCCAAGUUCCCGCGCCCGGAUAUCGCGAAUUUACCAUACGAUUUGAGUUGAAACGAACCUCCCGCGAUGUACUUCCAUACCUACGUAAAGGUAAAAUGAAAAUGAAAUAAAUAAAAAGCACUCUGCCCAGUUUCGUCAACCAGUUGUCCACCACUGUAUGAUGGCCGUGGCCCCACCAGGCGACAGCGUUCUACAGAUAAAGUGUUGUUAGAAGAAUUCAGUUGGGCCAUAGUGGAACAAAAUUCAAUGAACGCAAUGCAACGAUGUGGCUCGCCUUUCUAUAAGAGUUGUGCACAGUGAUGUCCUGCUCAGUGACGCCCGAGCAACAGAGGUGGGAAUAUUAAACAAGAGGUGUUAGAGCAAGUCGCGCAACAAGGUUGCCGCCGGUUGUAU